GAACGAGGGCGCCUUUCUGGCGCGCUUUGCCCUCCGGGGCGGGUGUCCCGAGGCCCUCCCGCCGUCUCUGUGAGGGGGCGAGAGAGAAUGGUCUCUCCCGCCCCCCCCCCCGCGCUGCUCUCGCGAUGUUUCAGCGCCUGGCAGGGGAGGAGAGCGCCGCCGCCCCGCCUCAGACCGCCUUUCCCGACCUGUUCGCACCGCCCGCCAACGCUCCCGCUCCUCGCACCUUCCUUUCCUGCCUUCAAAGUCGGGUGUCUUUUAUGAAUAAUCAAAAGCAGCAAAAGCCAACGCUAUCAGGCCAGCGUUUUAAAACUAGGAAAAGAGAUGAAAAAGAGAGGUUUGACCCCACUCAGUUUCAGGACUGUAUUAUUCAAGGUUUAAAUGAAACUGGCAGUGACUUGGAAGCAGUAGCAAAAUUUCUUGAUGCUUCUGGAGCAAAGCUUGAUUAUCGCCGCUAUGCAGAGACACUCUUCGACAUUCUGGUGGCUGGCGGAAUGCUGGCCCCCGGUGGCACAUUGGCAGAUGACAUGAUGCACACAGAUGUCUGUGUAUUCGCAGCACAGGAAGACCUAGAAACGAUGCAAGCAUUUGCUCAGGUCUUUAACAAGCUGAUCAGGCGUUACAAAUACCUGGAAAAAGGCUUUGAGGAUGAAGUCAAAAAGUUGCUGCUAUUCUUGAAAGGUUUUUCAGAGUCUGAGCGGAACAAGCUGGCCAUGCUGACGGGUAUUCUUUUGGCCAAUGGGACACUUAAUGCAUCAAUUCUCAACAGCUUAUAUAAUGAGAAUCUUGUCAAGGAAGGCGUUUCAGCAGCCUUUGCGGUAAAGCUGUUCAAAUCAUGGAUAAAUGAAAAAGAUAUCAAUGCAGUGGCUGCUAGCCUCCGUAAAGUUAACAUGGACAACAGGCUGAUGGAACUUUUUCCAGCCAACAAACAAAGCCUUGAACACUUCACAAAAUAUUUCACGGAUGCGGGAUUGAAGGAACUUUCUGAAUAUGUGCGGAACCAGCAAAGCAUAGGGGCUCGUAAAGAGUUGCAGAAAGAACUUCAGGAGCAGAUGUCGCGUGGGGAUCCAUUUAAGGAUAUCAUCUUGUAUGUCAAGGAGGAGAUGAAGAAAAACAACAUAUCGGAACAGACUGUGAUAGGCAUUAUCUGGUCUAGUGUGAUGAGCACUGUGGAGUGGAACAAAAAGGAGGAGCUGGUAGCAGAGCAAGCCAUCAAGCACUUGAAGCAAUACAGCCCUCUCCUCGCUGCCUUUACCACCCAAGGUCAGUCUGAACUGACGCUGUUGCUCAAGAUUCAGGAGUACUGUUAUGACAACAUCCACUUCAUGAAGGCCUUCCAGAAAAUAGUGGUGCUCUUCUACAAAGCUGAGGUGUUAAGUGAAGAACCCAUUCUCAAGUGGUAUAAAGACGCACACCUUGCCAAGGGGAAGAGCGUCUUUCUGGAGCAAAUGAAAAAGUUUGUAGAAUGGCUCAAGAACGCUGAGGAAGAAUCGGAAUCUGAAACGGAAGAAGGUGACUAAGUUGUCAAGCUGUCAACAGUAAAGCAAACAGGAGCUGUAGAUAAACUGUUCAUGUCUCGUGUCUUUUUGAUUCUUGCAUCCUACCUCCCUGUAUCAAGCAUGAUAUAAGGGCUCUCAUUGCAAAUUUAUUUUGUGUUUUCUAUGGUUAUUAGAAAACACUGAAUUUAGGUUUUUUAAAACCAUGUGUUGGUAGCUUACAGGAGCUAUAAAAUUUGAUCCUAACAUUGCGUUAAUCCUUUCAGUUACAUUCUACCUCCUGUAUUUUCUACUGUAACAUAAUUUAAGGCCUUCCACAAUUCGAAUUCAUUUUAUCCCUGGGUUUUCUAUAAAGUUUACAGGUAGACAUGAUUGGGGGAGGGGUGGGGAAUUUGUUAUACAAAUUCUGUUUGCAAAUUAAACUGUACAAGUAUCCAAAGUCAA